GUUUGCGCCCCGUCUGGAGAAAAACUUCGCACGUUAACGACUCCCGGCUUGAAGUUUAACUCAAUACUAAGUGCAUAAACGCUGGGGAAAAAACUUUUAAAAGCAUUGUGAAAUAAGUACGUUUUCUACCUUUACAAACACAAGCAUGGAAUCUUGGAAGAGUCACGUGCGGGCAGAGCUAUUUCAUAGGGACUGCAGGGAGAGAGAUCCGUUCUCUGGCCUCUAUAACAAAGUGUCCAAGCUGGAGGAGAUGCUGGCCUUCCACGUGAAGCUCUGGGAAGACCUGGACACAUUCAGGUCUAAAACCAAUAAAAUAUGCCCAGAUGAAGGUGGCACACUUUAUCUGCGAGUGAAUGAAGUCGAGUUUCUUAAUCAACAGCUUAAGCAGACAAUAUCAGAGCUGACCAGCAGUUUAUAUCUGAAGGAGGCGGAGUUACAAUAUUGUCAUUCACAAAUUACUCGAUACAGGACUGAGGCGGUUGUGUUUGCCCAGGGAGCUUCUUCAUUAAAGGCAGAUCUAGCAGAAAAUGAGUAUCAGCUGGAGUGUCAAUCAAAGGAACUGACAGCCCUGAAACUGGAGCACCAAACACAGAAAGAGGAGCUUACUGCAUUGAACUCACAGAAGGAACAGCUUCUAGACCGCUGGUUAGAGGAGAAAAUAGAGGAAGCAGAGAGAAUUAAUAGGCACAAUGCAACACUCGAAAGGUGGCAGCGUUUAGCUGGUCGACUAAAGAAGCGUUCUCGUGCCUGGUCUCGUCCACUACAACCAUGUGUAGCCAACAGCUGUUCAGAAAUUAAAACUACAGAGUCUAAACAUCAACACUUGCCUUCCUAAGACUUUAAAGACAUGUUCUAUUUAUGUUUCAAUGACUUUUCUACACUCUUGGGAAUUGUUUUAUUAUAAUCAUUUAAGAAAUGAGCAACCUUUUAGUUGAGUAAUAAAGCUUGUUUUUAACAUAUUAA